AUGAAGACGCAUGCGAGCAAAAUUGCCGUCCCUCGGCGCCCAGCCCGUUUGGCAUUUUUCAUUGGCGUCGUCUUUAUUACGAUUUUCUUCUUUCUCCCUCCCCAUGGCUCGAGGUCGGCCGUUUUGCUUCCGAGCAAUCCGAACCACGAAAUUCGCUUUCGCAACAGCUCUUUCGAUUGGAACACAGUACGGCAGCAUUAUCCAGUGUCAUCAUUCAAACCGUUACCAACGAGCAAGCCAUUGAAGCUCCCUCUGAUUCAACACGAAUUCGGCGUGGCAAAUCCACAUCCAGAAGCACCGAAACGACAGAAAGCGGUCCGCGAUGUCUUCAUACGAAGCUACAACAGCUAUAAGAAAUUUGCAUGGGGGAAAGACGAAUUGACACCGGUUAGCGCGAAGGGUAGAGACACCUUUGGAGGAUGGGCGGCAACCCUUGUGGAUUCGCUGGACACUCUAUGGAUUAUGGGAUUCAAGGAAGAGUUCCGUAUAGCCGCCAGCACGGUUGCACAACUCGACUUGGCAAACACGACAUCCAGUAGCAUCAACUUGUUCGAGACGACCAUUCGGCAUUUAGGCGGUUUGUUAAGUGCAUACGACCUUAGUGGUGAGCCAGCACUACUUGAGAAGGCGAAGGAGUUCGGGGAUAUGCUCUACUUGGGUUUUGACACACCGAACCGCCUACCAGGAUUCUGGGUUAAUUUCGAAGAUGCGAAAAAGGGUACGCAACUGGCGGGGACCCAUGACCCAUCUGCUUCGCCUGGCUCCUUAUCUAUGGAAUUCACGCGUUUGUCACAACUUACUGGAGACCCAAAGUAUUUCGAUGCUGUUGAUCGCAUUGUACGAUUUCUCGAAAAAUCUCAGUUCAAGUCCCGCCUUCCUGGAAUGUGGCCGAAAAUGAUAAAUUUCCGUGAGGAAACAGUGGACGACACAAGUUUUACCCUAGGCGCCCUAGCGGAUUCAUUAUAUGAGUAUUUGCCAAAAAUGUUUGCCCUUCUAGGCGGACAGGACUCGAGCUACGAGAAAAUGUACAUCGGAGCGAUGGCCAUUGCAGAGCAACAUCUUCUUUUCCGGCCAAUGACGCCAGAGCGUGACGACAUUCUAUUCGCGGGCGAUGCAAUUGUUUACCCGGGCAAGGUCGAGUUUGUACCUGAUGGCCAACAUCUUUCCUGUUUUGCAGGUGGCAUGUUUGGCCUUGGGGGCAAACUGUUUUCCAUUGAAAACCACGUUGCUCUAGGUGAACGCCUUGCUCGGGGGUGCGCGUGGGCAUACAACGCCUUUCCCUCUGGUGUGAUGCCAGAAAUCUUUAGUCUCUUACCAUGCGAGCAGAAGCACGGUGACGAAUGUAUUUGGGACGAGACAAGAUGGAAGAGAGAGGGUGACCUAGGACUGGCAAAAGGGUUCAAAGACGCACGAGACCCGCGAUACAUCCUGCGGCCGGAAGCAAUCGAAAGCAUAUUCCUGCUAUACAGAAUGACUGGUCGACAAGAUCUUCAAGAUAUUGCCUGGCGGAUGUUUGAGUCUAUCGUUAAAUCAACUCAGACAAAACAUGCACACUCAGCUAUUGCUGAUGUCACAGCUAACCCAACUCAAACAAACAAGUUGGAUGAAAUGGAGAGCUUCUGGCUUGCAGAGACUCUGAAAUACUUCUAUCUGAUUUUCUCGCCCCCUGAUCUCAUCAGCUUAGACGACUAUGUGUUUAACACGGAGGCACAUCCAUUUCGAAUUCCUAAAUAA